UUGAGUCUCCUCCGUGGUGCCAUCCCCGGCUCCCAUCCCUCGGUGCCGUCCCGGUGUCCCCUACCGGGUCCCCGCAGGACACAGCUCCGAAGGGGCCGGUGCUCGGUGAAACCUGCGCGGGGAAGAUAAAAAACCCCAAAAUCGAGACAAAGCGAGCCGCAAACUGCGCAAAGACUCGGCUUCAGCUCGGCUUCAGCUCGAUUUCAGCUCGGCUUUAGCUCGGCUUUAUCUCGAUUUUUGCUCGGCUUUAGCUCGGGGUUUGCCAGCCCCGCGUUCCCCUGGCUCAGCAGUCAGGUGCCACCCUGCAGCAGCUCCUGCCGCAGGGAAUCUGGGGCCAGAUUGGGCGAAUUGGCUGGAAAAUCCCAUAAACCAGAGCGAGCUGGGAUUGUCCUGCAGCCGUGGAAGGGGUCAGCAAAACCACCAGGGCACUUCAGUGGGGACGGCAGUGACACAGCAGUGACACUUCAGUGGGGACAGCAGUGUUUGGGUGUUUAAUGACACACAAGUGGCUCUGGAUUAUUCAUCUCUGCCCAGGGUUCUCAUGAAUCUGGUUUUGUGCUCUAAUGAUUAACGGCAGCUCUGCUUUUCCUACAAUCCCAGCCUGGUUUGGGACCAUCCAGGGACACCUUCCACUGUCCCGGGGUGCUCCCAGCCCCGUCCAUCCUGUCCUGGAACAAUCCCGGUGUUUUUAUUCCAUGCACAUGUUUAGCUGCAGUCACCACCUCUGUAAUUACAGAUUUACACGUGAUUAAAAGUGUGGUGGAAUACCGGAACCAGUUUUUUAAAGACAGCAGAAGGAAAUGCUGUUAACUGCUGGUUUUGGGGAAAAGGAACAGAAACUUCUUCCAAAUUUGCUGCAGGACUUCCUCUUUCCCUCCUGGAAUUGUGCUGCAGCUGGAUUAUUUUGUAGGGACAUUGCAGAAGAAACUCAUGUGCCCAAAUGAAAAUGGCUUCAGGAACAAACACAAUGUUUUAAGGUUAUUAACAAAACCCAAAACACCAGUAAUUUUUCUUUGUCAUAGAACAUAAUUCUGUUUUCUCUCCAAAGGAAUUGAUUAUUUUAUCCAUGUUCUUGGACCACAGAUGGGUUGAUAAUUCUGAUAACUCUUCUUCUGCUUCCUUUGAAAACAGCAUUUAUAAUUACACGUUGAUUUCAUAGGAUUUCUCAUUUCAGAAAAUUGACAUUUCUUGCAUUGAGUUAUCAGUAAGUUUGUGUUGUAGCAGAAGAAUAAAUCUUGGUAUUUAAAGAGAAAAUUGGGGAUUUUUCAUAACCUUUUUGUCCCUGCCCUGUUUAGUAGUGGAGUUUUUUUUUUAACCUUGGUUGAAAGCAGGGAACACUUUGUUUAGAAUUACUGAAGUGCUUCAUUUUGCUAAGUCUUUAUAUUUCUUAAUGUUUUCACUUACUCUGGCUUUUUUUGAGGUGAAAUUAAAAUGCUCAGAGAGCAGUUCAGGUACAAAAUUUGAAUUGUUCUGUCAAUGAAUUAAAAAAAUCAAAAAACCAAAACAACUCCAAAACCCAGAGUGCAAAUACAUUUAAAAUACGUUCUUCCCGAAGAUAAAAAUGAAUAUAUUGGAUGUUGGUAAGGAAGGACCAGGCUGUGGUGAGAUGAGGAUGGAAUGAUCCUGUGGAGAUUUGUCCUCUGCUUGUCCUGAGGUUCAUCCCUGUGGGCACAGACUUAAACUGAGGGCUUGGGGAGGUGGGGGGGAAGUUAUUCUUUCGCUUUUCUGCCAGAAUUUUCUAGAAUGUCACUGGAAAAUCAAGUUUGCGAAAGCAUGCAGAGUGUGUGAUCAGAGCCUGCUCCAGCUGUGCUGCCCAUGCAGCUGUUCCAAUUUACAGUGAGCUUCCAUUAUUUAGGAAUAAAAGACAUGAAGUGGCCGCUGUGGGAUGGGUGACUUGAUUUCUCAAUUUUUCUAAGUAAAUUAUGGUCAGGACAUUGUAUCCUGAAUUCCUUAUUCCCGUUCUCUGGUGGGUUUGACUUCUGGAGACCAGAACUGAAAAUCCCAGUAUCUUGGCAUCCCAGAUGUUUAAGCCCACACAGCUGGUCCCCAGAUGCGAUGGGAUUUCUGCUCACAGCUUUUAAAGCUGUGUGGGACCAAUCCCAAACAUCCCGGCAGACCUGGGGUGAGAAGCUGGAGCUAUGAAAGAACCAAACUAGAACUGCAGCCUGGUGGGUUUGUACUGCGCUGCUCAGCAGGGCUGUCCAUCUGUCUGUCUGUCCCAGCAGGGCUGUCCGUCUGUCUGUCUGUCCCAGCAGUGCUGUCUGUCUGUCUGUCUGUCCCCAGGUCCCUGGUGGUGGUUCAUUUCUGGGCUCCCUGGGCUCCUCAGUGUGUGCAGAUGAACGAGGUGAUGGCGGCGCUGGCGCGGGAGCACAGCCAGGUCACCUUCGUGCAGCUGGAAGCUGAGGCUGUGCCUGAAGUGUCUGAAAAAUAUGGAAUUAGUUCUGUUCCAACGUUCUUGUUCUUUAAGAAUUCCCAGAAGGUGGACAGGCUGGACGGCGCGCACGCUCCGGAGCUGACGCAGAAGGUGCAGCGGCACGCGGCUGGGACUGCCCCCGUGCCCGGCCCUGCCAGCUCUGCCCAGGAGCAGCUCCAGGCCCGCCUCAGGAAGCUCAUCAAUGCUGCUCCCUGCAUGCUCUUCAUGAAGGGCUCUCCCAAAGAACCUCGCUGUGGCUUCAGCAAGCAGAUGGUGGAGAUCCUGAGCAGGCACGGCGUGGCCUUCAGCACCUUCGACGUUUUCUCGGAUGAAGAAGUGCGCCAGGGCCUCAAGAGCUUCUCCAAGUGGCCAACCUACCCCCAGCUCUACGUGGCUGGGGAGCUCAUCGGGGGGCUGGACAUCAUCAAGGAGCUGGAGGCGUCGGGAGAGCUGGACACGAUCUGCCCGAAGGGCCAGAAACUGGAGGAAAGGCUUAAAUCCUUGAUAAACAAAGCUCCUGUGAUGUUGUUUAUGAAAGGAAACAAACAGAUGGCAAAAUGUGGCUUCAGCAAGCAAAUCAUAGAAAUCAUGAAUAACACCGGGGUGGACUACGAGACCUUUGACAUCCUGGAGGACGAGGAGGUGCGCCAGGCUCUCAAGUCCUUCUCCAGCUGGCCCACGUACCCCCAGCUCUACGUGCGGGGGGAGCUGCUGGGGGGGCUGGACAUUGUCAAGGAGCUGCAGGAAAAUGGGGAAUUGCUGCCCGUGCUGAAGGGGGACAAUUGACGGGAGGGAAGGAAGAGGAAUCCCGGGAAUUGCAGCUGGAAAUUCUGCAACAACAGCUGGAGCCCGGGAGCGCCAGGGAGAGGAAAUAAAUCCAAAAAUUGCGUGU